AAAUAAUUAUUCAGUGUAUUAUACCAUUACUUUAAACCGGUUGUCGCUAUUAACGCAGUACUGUGCGAAUAUAAAUGAAAAAGAAGCCUGAAAAAUUGUGAAAUAGUGGUUUUGUGUUGUUUAUUAAUUUGUGUACGUGAAUAACUUUAUAAUCACAAUUAAAAGAUCAUGCAAGAUGGAGGUGCACAUUCGGCUCGCAGCAAUUACGCUGUUCCUGUUGUCAAUAGGAAAUGUUCAAUCGGAAAAUGAUCAGUCUGACUAUCGCUGUUCCUUCAUGACAGCAAUACCAAGACCUGAAAGACCGUACCUACCUGAUCAAGACUUUACUGGCAUACCAUGGAGCGAACGACAAAUACUACCUGCACAACCAGAACGCAAGGAUGUAUGCGUAGAACAUUUCCCGACCCCUAUUACACUAUCGAGAACGCAAAUCAUAUAUAUGGACGAGGAGAUAGAAGGAGACGUCGUUAUAGCUAGACUCAAUUACUAUGGAGAUACCGCGCCGGUAAUUCAAGUUCCUUUUGAUCUCGGAUCGUCCAUUAUGCUUGGAGCCAAAAUCGAGAAAGAUGGAAACGGGGAUUGGGAACUAGUUAUUACGCAGAGACAAGACUAUGAAAGUCCAGGUAUGCAGAACUAUAUAUUCCAAAUCAAUGCACCAGGAGAAACAGACAACGUUCGUAUCUUACUGAGUAUUGUGAACAUCGAUGACAAUGAUCCAAUUAUACGCUUGUUUGACACUUGCCAAGUAGAGGAAUUAGGAGAACCUGGUCGUCUAACAAACUGUACGUAUGAAGUAUGGGAUGCGGACGGCUUAAUCAGUACCAGCGCCAUGACGUUCAGGAUCGACAGCAACCGUGAUGACGACCAGAUAUUCUAUAUUGACGCGCACAUACAAGAGAAUCUGUUCUAUAUGAACAUGACCAUCGGCCUCAACCGAUCCCUCAACUUUGUGGAUAACGCUUUGCAUAUCUUCACAAUUACUGCAAUGGAUUCUUAUCCUAACAACCACACGGUGACUAUAAUGGUGCAAGUCAUAAAUGUGGAACACCGGGUUCCUCGAUGGAUUGAGAUCUUCGCGGUGCAGCAAUUCGAUGAAAAGACCUACCAGGAGUUCACGGUGCAAGCGGUCGACGGGGACACCGGCAUCGACAAACCUAUUUGCUACAAAUUAAAGACGGAGCCCAAUGACACGUUUUUUUCUAUUGAAACCAUCGAGGGCGGUCGUAGCGGUGCCAUUUUUCACGUUUCUCCUAUAGACAGAGAUGCACUAGAGAGAGAAAUUUUUCAAUUAUCCAUAAUAGCAUACAAGUGUGACAAUGAGACUUUGGCGACAGAAGAUCCUGUUGUAAUAAUAGUGAAUGAUAUAAACGACCAACGACCGGUGCCGUUGCAGAAGGAAUAUUACAUAGACAUAUUGGAAGAGACGGCACUGACGCUCGCAUUUGACGAACCUAUAGGAUUUCAUGACAGAGAUUUGGGUGAGAACGCGCAAUACAGAGUGCAUUUAGAAGAUGUCAAUCCCCCGCAUGCUGCGUCAGCGUUUUACGUAGCUCCCGAAGUGGGCUAUCAGCGUCAGACUUUUAUUAUGGGCACAGUGAACCACAGCAUGCUUGACUAUGAAGUUGAAGAAUUCCAACAUAUAACAUUACAUGUAAUAGCAACGGAUUUGAACAACCCAGAUUUUAAAGGCAUCGCCACUGUCUUUAUUAAUUUGAUUAACUGGAACGACGAGUUGCCAAUUUUUAACGACACUAUUCAAGAGGUCUCCUUCAAUGAAACCGAAGGGCAGGGUUUCUAUGUAGCGACCGUGAGGGCAUACGAUAGAGACAUUGAUGACAAAGUUGUACACAGUCUCAUGGGAAACGCAGUGGACUUUUUGGAAAUACACCCAGAGACUGGAGAAAUUUACGUUUUAGCCAACGAUUCCUUCAACUACCAUAGACAAAACGAGCUCUUUGUACAGAUCCGCGCAGAUGACACUCUCGGCGAGCCGUACAACACGGCCACCUCGCAGUUGGUAAUACAGCUGAUUGACAUCAACAACACGCCGCCCACGCUGCGACUGCCACGUGGAAGCCCUCAUGUAGAAGAAAACGUACCUGAAGGCUACGAAAUCAGUAGUGAGAUCCACGCUUCGGACCCUGAUACUACAGCGGAGCUCGUGUUCGAGAUAGAUUGGGAAUCCUCUUAUGCUACCAAGCAGGGGAGGGAGACUGAUCCUGCUGAGUAUCAUGGUUGUGUGUACAUCGAAACAUUAUACCCCAACGAGGAUAACCACGGCGACGCCAUAGGACGUGUGGUCGUGAGAGAAAUCCGCCAUAAUGUCACCAUCGACUAUGAAGAAUUCGAAGUCUUAUACCUUACUGUAAGGGUUACGGAUCUGAACACCAUACAUGGAGAUCCGUAUGAUGAAUCUACAUUCACCAUAACUAUAAUAGACAUGAACGACAAUGAGCCGCUAUGGGUGGACGGGACCCUUGAGCAGGUGUUCAGGGUGACGGAGAUGGCCCCCAGCGGGACCGUUAUUGGUUCGGUACUGGCCACAGAUAUUGAUGGGCCACUCUAUAACCAAGUCCGAUAUACUAUACGUGCUCGAGACAACACUCCAGAAGACCUUGUGAAGAUCAACUUUUACACGGGACAGCUCCAGGUGGACGCGAACGAAGCGAUCGACGCAGACACCCCGCCACGGUACGAGCUGUACUACACGGUCACGGCCAGCGACGGGUGCUACGCGGAGAACAGAACCGAGUGCCCACCCGACGACACCGAGUGGAACACAGACGGAGACAUCACGAUUCAAAUUACGGAUACGAACAACAAGUGGCCACAGCCGGAGAUCUCCAAGUUUAACACCACUGUAUGGAUAUACGAGAACGCGACCCACGGUGACGAAGUCGUCCAGAUAGUGUCCAGUGAUCUUGACAGAGAUGAGCUAUAUCACACGGUGAGCUAUCAAAUCAAUUACCAAGUGAACCCUCGUCUUCGCGACUUCUUCUCCGUGGACCUGGAGACGGGCCUUGUGUACGUGGACUACACCACUGACGAAGUCCUCGACAGGGACGGUGACGAGCCCAGGCACACCAUCUUCUUGACUCUCACUGAUAACUUCUUAUCUGGCGGAGACGGCAGGAGGAAUCAAAACGAAACCGAAGUACUGGUAAUCCUUCUAGACGUGAACGAUAACGCCCCAGAAUUACCGCACGGCCUCUUUUGGUCUGUCUCUGAGAGUCUUCUAGAGGGCGAACUACUCGAAGGAGUCAUCACGGCCCCGGACAGGGACGAGCCGGACACGGACAACUCCCGCGUCGGGUACACAAUCCACAACUUGACCGUCACCGACCGGCCCGGCCUCGAGCACCCGGACCUCUUCGGCAUGCUACAGCUAUUCAACGUCAGCGGGCAACUCUACACUGCCGUGGACUUGAAGGGCUACUGGGGCACGUAUGCUAUACAUAUUGGAGCCUUCGACCAUGGCGUGCCCCAAUUGUUCGACGAUGAAAUAUACGAGAUAGAGAUCCGGCCGUACAACUACCGCGCACCAGAGUUCGUGUUCCCCGCGGACGGCACCACCGUACGUCUUGCGAGGGAGAGAGCUACAACGAACGGCUUGCUGGCGCUGGUGAACGGAGAAUUCCUGGAUCAAGUGUCAGCAACGGACGAGGACGGACUACACGCGGGCCUAGUCACCUUCGACAUAUCUGGUGAUGCUGAAGCAAGUCAAUUCUUCGAAGUUUCGAACAACGGCGAAAACCUUGGAACACUAAUGCUUCGAGAACUUUUCCCUGAGGACAUAAGAGAAUUCACGGUGACAAUCCGCGCCACUGACGGUGGCACCGAGCCGGGUCCACUCUCGUCCACCUCCACUCUCAACAUAAUCUUCGUGCCCACACAGGGAGACCCUGUAUUCAAUACAAACACUGCUAAUAUCGCUUUCUUUGAAAAAGAACAAGGUCUGAUAGAAUCAUUCCAGUUGCCGCUCGCUGAAGACCCCAAAAACUAUAAGUGCGACAACGACUGCCACAAUAUAUACUACACGAUUGCAGAUGGCUACGACGAGGGUUACUUCAGCGUGGACCCGCUGCAGAACAUAAUAUAUUUGAAACGCGAACUGGACAGGAACGAGACCGCUACACACACCCUCGUAGUCGUCGCCAGCAAUUCCAUGAGUCCGGGCCCAUCGCUCGCCAGCUCUAUGUUAACAGUCACUGUUACCGUAAGAGAAGCCAACCCUCGUCCCAAUUUCGUGAGCGACCACUACAGUGCAGGCAUAUCGACGUUGGACACGAUCAACAAAGAACUCCUCACCGUAGAAGCGACCCACUCCGAAGCUGAUGCUGUGAUUAUGUACGCGAUCAACUAUACAUCGAUGGUGGUUGACCCGUCCUUGGAAGCGGUGAAAGAAACCGCGUUCGCUCUGGACCCCAACAGUGGAGUCCUCACACUCACUAUGCAACCAACAGUUUCCAUGCACGGCAUGUUUGAAUUCAACGUCAUCGCCAAUGAUACUGAUGGCGCCCAGGACACGGCAGCAGUGAAUAUAUACUUGAUAUCGUCACUCAAUCGUGUGUUCUUCAUAUUCUGGAACACAUUUGAAACUGUUGAAAAGAACAGACGCUUUAUCGCGCAAACGUUCAGUGCUGGGUUCUCGAUGACAUGCAACAUCGACCAAGUGGUGCCGGCGAGCGACUCGAGCGGCGUCAUGCUUGAGGACGUGACCGAGGUGCGCGCGCACUUCAUACGCGACAACGAGCCCGUACUGGCUGACGAAAUCGAAGAACUCCGCAGUGACACACUACUGCUACGCUCCAUCCAAAUGACCCUGAACACCGAGCUGCUGGUACUACAGGACUUCGUGACCGAGAACAGCCCCAACCCCGGCAUAGACUCCAGCCUUACUAUCAUAUAUGUGCUGGCCGCGCUCGCCGGGUUGCUCGCCUUCAUGUGUUUGCUGUUGCUUCUUACGUUCGUCAUUAGGACGAAAGCUCUAAACCGCCAACUGCAAGCACUAUCAAUGACCAAGUAUGGGUCUGUAGACUCUGGACUGAACCGAGCCGGCAUCGCACCCGGCACUAACAAGCACGCCGCUGAGGGCUCCAAUCCUAUAUGGAACGAGUCCAUCAAGGCACCAGACUUCGACACUUUGAGUGACACGUCAGAUACAUCAGAUUUGGUCGGCGUCGAAGAUAUGAUGGAGUUCAACUACGAUAGCACGCCUACAAAAGAAUCCGCGGAUCCGUCAAGAGACACGGUGGCCACCCACAGCAAUAACUUCGGCUUUAACGCUAGCCCAUUCAGUACCGAGUUCACACACAACUUUGGACGAUAACGUAGUGACGGACUAGCGGAAGAGGCAGCCCGCCCCGCACCUUUGAUCCUGGGAGAGCUUUUAAACGCCUUUAUUUUCCUCAUCUAUAUCCAUAUUCUAUGUAAAAAUCUAAUUCUUAAUGUCUAAUUUAAAUUUCAUUUGCAAAAUUUUAACUAAAUAAACAUAAACGCUUAUACAUACAAAUGUGAACUAAAUAAUAAGCUUGUAAAAUUAAAUAAAUUACUUAAAACUCGUUCAAAUUUCCCACCUCGGGAUUCUGAUGACCUUAAUCCGCCACUGUGGUAACCCGUGUUUCAUUCACGCGCCGCACUGCCAUUUACAAUAACUCCACAGUUUUUAUGCUAUGUACUAACUUAAAAUUUGCCAACCGAGUGACGACUCUCACGGCAGAAAAAAGGCGCGAAAAUACUUGUGUUGUCCAUAUUUUAGGUACAUAAAAAUUAUGAAUUACCGAUAAAAUGAUUCUAUUUUUAUUUGUAAUUAUUUAAAUCUAAAUUUCAAUGACUGUAUAAUCAAUAAUAUAAUAUUUUUUUAUUACUAACAUAUUUGUAUAUAUGUAAAUAGUGUGUAUUUUAUUUUUAGAAAAUUAAAUCAAUAACUAAAUAUUAAAAUUAGUUUAUUUAUUACAAUUGCUGCAAUGUUAAUGCUGAUACGCACAGCUUAUUAAAUCCUAUGAAUAAUUACGAUGUAUUUUUCUUUAGUUUACAAACAUUAAAGUCUAUAGCUAUUUAAGUUCUCUAUUGAAACUAUCACGUUCGUGUCACUUCUUAUUUUUUAUUACUUAUAAUAAUAUUAAACGUAACUAUUACCAGAAGGAAACUGCUUGGGCACCUUCGUCCCAUUUGUGUUAUAUCCAAAUGACAUUUUUUUGGAGCAACAGAAAUAAUUCAAAAUAUUGCUGCAAACGGCCAAAAAAUUAAUUCUACGUUCAAAAUCAAAGUUUAUCACAAAGUGGGCUCAUUGCAUAAAUUCAACAAAACGAUACAGAUAAUUAAAAACGUUAUCGAAGUUCAGAAGCAAAAAAUUAUUGCUACCACGAAUUACUACAGAUGUGCCUAUUGAAUUCAAAUGCAUUUAAUUCCCAAUUAGAUUGGCAUUCGCAAUUUUAUAUAUUUUUUAAAAAUAAUGUAUGGCAAAACAACGUUUGCAGGGUCAGCUAGUAUAUAAUAUAUAAUAUAGAGCGUUCAUUGUAGAAGGUAAUAAGAAAUAUAUACAGGUGGAUAUCCCUUAAA